AAUAAGAYGGCUGAAUUUUGAUCAACUUGCAAAAUCAAUAUGUUAUUAUGUCUUUUUGCACUCUAUAAGUACCAAAAUGACUUUGAGYUGGUGCUAUCAUCCUUUCAAAAGAUUGUUUUGUCCAGAUGAUGCUUUCUUUGAGGAAGGUAACAUUCAGUGCAAUCUUCAACGAAAACAAAUCAACUGCAAUGAAAUAGAAGACCUUGAUGAAUGGUCGUCGAAGGAAUUCAAAUGCUCCGUGGCUGGUUGCAAUCAAUAUUUUGUAAAUAUCAAAAAGUAUGAAGUUCACUACAGAGGCUGUCACUGGAAUAGCUGUAGAUUUUGCAGGAAAUCAUUCCAGACAAGUUUUUUAUUGGAUUUACAUAUCCUGGAGAAUCAUGAUACUUUAUUCCAGAUGAUUGCUACAAAGAAAUUUAUGUACAGAUGUCUGGUUGAAACUUGUCCUGAUAAGUUUGGAGGAGAAGAUGAUAGAAAGAAACAUCUUGUUCAAGUGCACAAAUAUCCCUCUGACUUUAGAUUUAACAGGCCAAGUAGAACUCAACGGAAAUUGAGAAGACAAAAUGGUGAAAAUAAGGAGCAAUCUACUGGAGAUUCAAAUGAAACUUUAAUGGAGACAGAACCAUACGAUUCUCAGUCAAAUUCUGGACAUAAACAUCACAGUAAUCCUAAACCGAGACCACCUAGAACCAUUUGCUUUGGCCGAGGGUCCUCGAGAGGAUUUCAUAGACCAUCAAGAGGGAACUCAAGAGGGAAAAAGAGGCACAAUAAAAGUUCUAUACAAGAGGCAACUGUGAUGAACACAAGCUAACAGAUGAAGAAAUGACAUGCAAUGUCUCUGUAAUAUAGAUGCCACAAUUCAUUGUUGUACAUCAUUAGUUCAUCAUGUGUAAUUCCAACAUUUCUAUUCAUGGGUUGCACAUUACAUUAUAGCUGCCAUGCACAGUGGACAAAAAGAACUUCAUCAUUCAUCCAAAAUGAAGGCAGUAUGUUUGUUAUUUUCCCAUGGGAUUCCUGGUUGCAACCCAACAAUUUUAAUCCGCUCUGUGUAUUAGAGCGGAUUUUUCGUAUGACUGUGCAAAAAAUACUGCACUUUCGUGCCAUGUCUGUACCAUGGCUUGACAGUGAUGUAUUCCUGGUUCCUUGUUUUUAUUUGGAUCACUACCGGGCGAGGUUCCGUGACCAUGCCAUGUCCGUGUUGUGAUCCGUGUCUUUGCACAGUCAUAUGAAAUCCACUCUAUUAUGCAGAACUCCAUAUUCCUGAAGAUAGUGAUUAUUUUUAAUCACUUUUCUGAUGUUUCUUUCAGAUGUAUUGAUCAGCAAAAUUAGAACAAUGUGUUGUUUAUUUUUCACAAAUGGAACUAUUUACACAAUAUUGAAUAAAACAUAAGUAAUGCACAAUUAUUUAUUAAUAAUUAGCUUUAAAUUUC